AUACAAACAAGUUAAACGACCCAUUCUGCAACAAAAAUUAAAAUAAAAUAAAAUCAAAUUAAAAUGGUAUCAUUAAAUCCAGUUCGUAUUCUUAAGAAUGAAGCCGAGGAGGAGAAGGCAGAAUUGGCUCGUUUAUCAUCGUUUGUUGGUGCAAUUGCUAUUGGAGAUUUAGUAAAGAGUACACUAGGUCCAAAAGGAAUGGAUAAAAUUUUAGUAUCUUAUGGACGAAGUGCUGGAAGCGUUGAAGUCACAAAUGAUGGAGCAACAAUUUUAAAAUCCGUUGGUGUUGAUAAUCCAGCUGCAAAGAUUUUAGUUGAUAUGUCAAAAGUACAGGAUGAUGAAGUUGGUGAUGGUACAACUUCAGUUACUGUAUUAGCUUCAGAACUAUUGAGAGAAGCUGAAAAGCUUGUUGAGCUUAAAAUUCAUCCACAAACAAUUAUUGCUGGAUGGAGACGUGCUGCUGAUGUUGCACGCGAAGCUCUUACCAAAUCAGCACAAGAUCAUUCAGGUGAUAGUGAAAAAUUCAAGGAAGAUUUAAUGAACAUUGCACGAACAACUUUAAGUUCUAAGAUUUUAUCUCAGCACAAAGAGCUCUUUUCCAAAUUGGCAGUUGAUGCUGUCUUACGUCUUAAAGGCUCUGGUGAAUUGACAGCAAUUCAAUUGAUUAAGAAAUCAGGUGGAACCUUAGAAGAUUCAUUCCUUGAUGAAGGAUUCUUACUUGAUAAACGUCCUGGAGUUCAUCAGCCGAAAAGAAUUGAGAAUGCAAAGAUUUUAAUUGCUAAUACACCAAUGGAUACCGAUAAGAUUAAAGUAUUUGGAUCUCAUAUUAAAGUUGAUUCGAUGUCAAAAAUUGCAGAUCUCGAAAUGGCCGAGAAGGAAAAGAUGAAAGACAAAGUCAACAAGAUUUUAAAUCAUAAAUGUAAUGUUUUUAUUAAUCGUCAGUUGAUUUAUAAUUAUCCUGAACAACUUUUUGCUGAUGCUGGAGUUAUGGCCAUUGAACAUGCUGAUUUUGAUGGAAUUGAACGAUUAGCAUUAGUAACUGGGGGAGAAAUUGUCUCCACAUUUGAUAAUCCAGAAUUGGUUAAAAUGGGAACUUGUGAGCUUAUUGAACAAGUCAUGAUUGGUGAAGAUACUCUUUUGAGAUUCAGUGGCGUUAAAUUAGGUGAAGCAUGUACAAUUAUUAUUCGUGGUGCUACACAACAAAUUGUCGAUGAAGCUGAACGAUCAUUACAUGAUGCUCUUUGUGUAUUGACAGCAACUGUCAAAGAAUCACGUGUUGUUUAUGGCGGUGGAUGUUCUGAAUCAUUAAUGGCAUGUGCUGUUCUCAAGAAAGCCAGCGAAACUCCUGGUAAGGAGGCAAUUGCAAUGGAAGCUUUUGCUCGCGCUUUAUUCCAACUUCCAACUGUCAUUGCUGAUAAUGCUGGUUAUGAUUCUGCACAGCUUGUUUCUGAAUUGAGAGCUGCACACACUCAAGGAACCUGCUCAAUGGGUCUCAAUAUGGAUGCUGGACGAGUUGGAUGCAUGAAGGAGCUCGGAAUUACCGAAUCAUUUGCUGUAAAACGUCAAGUUUUAUUAUCUGCAAGUGAAGCUGCUGAAAUGAUCCUUCGUGUUGAUAAUAUCAUCAGAUGUGCACCACGAAAACGUACUCGUGAUAAUCGUCCAUGCUAAACAGCUUAUCUUUUAUUAAUUGCCUUAAUCAUCAUGCUGCAUUAAUUUUUUUUUUCUCUUCCUCGCUACUCCUACACAUUAUUUUGCACUUAAUUUUACCAGUUUGUGUUGAUUAUAAAAAACGAAUAACUGUAACACAGUAAUUAAUCACAUUUCUAAUUUAAAAAAUAAUAAAAGAUACUUUUUGCAUUAACUUGAAAUUUU